AUGGAGCCGGCGGUGCUGGCCUCGCACAACCUCCCGCACCACGAGCCAAUCAGCUUCGGAAUCGAUCAGAUCCUGAGCUGCCCGGAACCCCCCGGGAGCGGCCUAGGCCCGGGUCGAGCGGGCCAGGGCCAUGGGGAGAGUGUGGCGUUCUCGGGUGGAUUUCACGGAGCCUCAAGCUACGGCCCCGCGGGCUCGCUGGCCCCGCUACCAGGCAGCUCUGGUGUGGGCCCGGGCGGCGUGAUCCGCGUCCCGGCGCACCGCCCGCUGCCAGUGCAGCCUCCCGCGGGAGGCGCGCCUGCUGUUCCUGGACCCUCGGGUUUGGGCGGCGCCGGGGGCCUAGCGGGACUCACCUUCCCUUGGAUGGACAGCGGCCGCCGCUAUGCCAAGGACCGUCUCACUGCGGCGCUCUCGCCCUUCUCCGGGACGCGCCGUAUAGGUCACCCCUACCAAAACCGGACCCCCCCAAAGCGGAAGAAGCCGCGCACAUCCUUCUCCCGCUCGCAGGUGCUGGAGCUGGAGCGGCGCUUCCUGCGCCAGAAGUACCUGGCCUCGGCCGAGAGGGCGGCGCUGGCCAAGGCCCUGCGCAUGACCGACGCGCAGGUCAAGACGUGGUUCCAGAACCGGCGCACCAAGUGGCGGCGCCAGACGGCCGAGGAGCGCGAGGCAGAGCGGCACCGUGCGGGCCGACUGCUUCUGCACCUCCAGCAGGACGCACUACCGCGGCCGCUACGGCCGGCGCUGCCCCCGGACCCGCUCUGCCUGCACAACUCGUCGCUCUUCGCGCUGCAGAACCUGCAGCCCUGGGCCGAGGACAACAAGGUGGCUUCCGUGUCCGGGCUCGCCUCAGUGGUGUGA